AUGGAGAAAAUUUCCUAUAAUCUGAAAGUAGAACAAGACUUGAGAAAAGAGUUAUCUGCUUACAUGGAAAAAGGAUUCACUUUACAGAGCCAGACGAAAGAAGAUCUUAUACUAGUAUUAUUACUAUAA